AUGUCUGAUUAUAAUCAAUUUUACGUUCGAUUUAUUCGAGUUUUUAUAUUCUUGUUUCUUAUAGUCAAAAGUAAUGCCGCUGAAAAUUUGUCCCCUGGAAAUUGCGUGCAAACCUUUAGUAGUGAUGUCGACUAUUUUCCUUCCAAGGUUACAGUUACUACUGCCUCUUUAUUCACAAUAAAGUAUAAUAACAACUAUAAACUUGUCACAAAUACCAAUUCCAAAGAAACUUUUGCUCUUGUUCAAUGUGGAACUCCUAUUCCAACUGGUUUACCAGCUGGCACAAAAGUCUUUAAUAUAUCUCUCAAUAAUGUUGCAAUCAUGGACACCAGUGUUGUACCUUUUCUCGAGGUCCUUGGUCUUAGAUCCCAUAUUACCGAAUUAGGAUCUGAGUCUGCAUCUUCUUCACCUUGUCUUCAGGCUCUUAAUUUGACUGUAAUUUCUGCGACAAACAUGACCCUCCAAAAUCAACAACUUUCAAAAGUUGAUGCCGUAUUCGAUUCAACGUUCAAUCUUUCCAAUCCAAAAACAAUCGGUAUUUCUACCGUUAAUGAUCCUGGUCUACUUAACAGAGCAGAGUGGAUAAAAUUUUAUUCGGUCUUUUUCAAUCUUGAAGAUAAAGCUAACACGAUUUAUAACCAAAUAAGUGACAACUACAACUGUUUAAAAAAAUUACCCUCUUCUAACAAUCCUCCUACCGUAGCUUGGGUUUCCUACAUUGCUCCAGCAUCUUUUAAUAAUAAUACUGCUUCUUGGUCAAUCACUGAUGCCCCUUACAAAAAGAUUUUGACCGAAAAUGCUGGUGGCAUCUAUUUUAAUACUACCCCGCUUUCAUAUUCUACAAGUUCCUCGUUCCUUUCUGCUAUUGCAAAUGUUGAUAUUUUAAUUGAUGAAACUUUUAUUGCUCGUGAUAUUUCUGAAGUUUACACCAACUUCAAUCUAAAUGCUAAUGAUGUACAAUAUAAAUUUGUUAAAAAUAGUGCUAUUUACAGAGAAGAUGGUGUAACUAGCCCAGGUGAUGGAAGGGAUUGGUUUGAAAGUGCUGUUUUAUUAGCUGAUAAUGUUUUAGAGGAUAUGAUGAAUGUCAUCAAUCCUAAUUUACCCACGACUGAUUAUAAGAGAGUUUGGUUAAGAAACGUCGCGAAAAGCGAACUUAUAAAACUUAGUAGUCCCAGUAAUUGUUCUGAUGCAUCGGUUGCUUUAACGUAUCCCAACCUCCAGGAUGCUGAACGCAAAUCAGGAUCUGUUGAACCGGGAACUGAAAUUUCGUAG